GGGGCCCGCUCGGGGCGCGAGGUGGGCGCGGAGACCCCGCCCGUCCCGCUGCCGCCGCCAUGAAGCUCCGCGUACGGCUGCAGAAGCGAACGGCGGCCCUGGAGGUGCAGGGGGUGGAGCCAACGCUGGGGGAGCUGCGCGCGCAGCUGCGCCUGGCCCUGCUGCCCGCCUGGGGGUACAGUUCUGAUACCACGUUUUCAAUAACACUGAACAGAAAAGAUGCUCUCACAGAGGAUCAGAAGACCUUAGCUUCAUAUGGGAUUGUUUCUGGUGAUUUGAUAUGCUUAUUACUAGAAGAGCCAGAUGGACAGCCCAGCCUACCUCUUCCUCCUGCUGCUCCUGCCCCACUUCAGAAUGGUCAUGAGCCGUCCAACAGUCAGGCCAACAGUGCAAGAGAAGGGCAGGUGGAAGUUCAAGAGAGUGGUGAGAGGGCAGGAUCCAGCCAAGAAUUUCCUUCUAGAUUAGUCCCAGAAGAUCCUGACCUGGAAGAAAGUACAGGUUCCUAUCCCUCAGAACCCAUGCUGUGCAGUGAGGCUGCUGAUGGUGAAACACCCCAUUCCUUAGAGGUGCUCUACCUUUCUGCUGAGUGUACCAGUGCCACUGAUGCCUUGAUCGUUCUGGUUCAUCUUCUCAUGAUGGAGACAGGCUAUGUACCUCAGGGGAUAGAAGCCAAGGCAGUCUCCAUGCCAGAGAAAUGGAGAGGGAAUGGUGUUUAUAAGCUACAGUACACACAUCCCCUUUGUGGAGAAGGUUCUGCUGGUUUGACUUGUGUGCCUCUGGGAGAUCUUAUUGCUAUUAAUGCAACAUUAAAAAUCAACGAAGAGAUUAGAAGUAUUAAGAGAAUCCAGCUAUUGCCAUCAUCCUUUGUUUGCUUUCAGGACCCAGAGAAGGUUGCAGGUGUUUACAAAGACCUUCAGAAAUUGUCCCGUCUCUUUAAAGACCAGCUGGUUUACUCUCUCCUAGCUGCUGCCCGACAAGCUUUGAACUUGCCAGAUGUGUUUGGGUUAGUGGUCCUUCCUCUUGAGCUCAAGCUUCGGAUUUUCAGACUCCUGGAUGUCCGUUCCCUGAUCUCUCUCUCAGCUGUUUGCCGUGAUCUCUACACAGCUUCCAAUGACCAGCUUCUGUGGAGGUUUAUGUACCUGCGGGAUUUCCGAGAUCCUAUUGCAAGACCUCGUGACACGGAUUGGAAAGAACUAUACAAGAAAAAGUUGAAACAGAAGAAGGAAGCCCUGAGAUGGAGGCACAUGAUGCUUCUGCCCCCUAUACCUCAUCCAAUCCCCUUUCAUCCCAACCCAUUCUAUCCUAAUCCCUUUCCACCGAACCCAUUCCCAUCAAAUCCAAUCUAUCCCCCAAUGAUCAUUGGGGGAGAAUAUGAUGAGAGACCAACACUUCCAUAUGUUGGAGACCCAAUUAACUCACUCAUUCCUGGCCAGGGAGAAGCACCAGGCCAGUUUCCUCCAUUCAGACCACAUUUUGACCCCAUUGGCUCCCUACCUGGAGCAAACCCCACGCUUCCAGGACGAGUUGGUCCCAGUGACAGGUUUCCACCUCGACCCAGCCGGGGCCGCCCCAUGGACAUUCGCCGUGCAUUCAUUUGAUUGCUGCUUUUUCCUGCAGGGAGUUCUGUAGUUGCUGAGCUUGCUUUCUAACUGUAGGAGAUUGCAGAUCCCAGGCACUAACAUCUGCCUUCAGAUUGUGUCAAGAACAUGUGUGCAUGGUGAUGUCCCAACUGCAGAGGCUGGGUUUGUUUUGUGCUCUGGUAGUGCUGUAUCAUCUGGCACUUAAGGUCUGUUCCUCUAAGAGCUACGACUUAGAGCAGUUUGUUCUGCUGCCCCCUCCUUGCCCUUGAUCGUCUGUGAAGUGCUACUUAGAGACCAGAAUAACAGCCAAAUCCUUACUGCAUCAGAUAAAGAGCACUUUAAAUACAAACCCUCUACUUGUCUGUUUUAUUUGAAGAGUUUUACUGCAUUGCCAGGAUGAAAGGUUUUGUUUAAAAUCUACUCAGCUAAUUAAUAAUCAUUAUUAACAAAAAAGUUACCACAUAGAACAGGAUACUGCCGCUGUUAUGGUGGAUGUGUGUUCAUGGAAAUUUUUAAAGGUGUUGUUUCCUUUUUCCUUUAAUGUUUUAUUAGGUAAAAAGCGUUUUUGUAUUGUUACUUAAUGCACAAAGAAUACAGCAAAGGAUUUUCUUUACAAUGGAAAUAUUAGAACACAAAUAAAUUCAUUUUACAAACAAUUGAGUAAAGUCAUGCCACAGUGCAACUCAGAAGUUUAAGCAGAAGCAGAGCAAUUUUACAAAGAAUCAGCAGCAAAACUUUUGACUUUGUCCUUGACUUUACAAAUAAGGAUCUGUAGUACACGACUGCAUUUACUGUGUUUGAACUAAAAGUGGUGUGAAAAUGCAUCUGUUCUUCCUAUCUGACAUACUUAAAGAAUUAAAUAGGCUGAACCUGGUUACAGUGGGGAUGGGAUCACAACAACAUAAGAAGCAGAAUGUGUUCUGACUUUAGUAAAUUCCAUUUAGUUCCAUUACUUAAGUAUCAGAUGAUAACUUGCCAAAAAGAAAUGUGUCGUAGCAUGUUAUGAGCACCUUUCAAGUGUUGUCUUAUUAACUAAUGAGCAGCUAACAAGACCACUGUUAAAGUUUCCUGAUGCUGGAAAAGUUUCCUGCAAAGUUUCCUGCAAACUGAUGCUGGAGCUCAAUUAAAGGAAGACUGGAAUGACUGAACUUUGCUAGAACUUUUAAUUUCUUAUGUAUUUUUUAAGAUGAUUGAUCUCAGUGUUUCUAUAAAUGUGAAUGGUACUAAUGCCAUUAGUACUAAUGGUACUAAUGGCAUCAGUGACAACUGAUAUUAUUUUCUAAAACUUUUUUGAAAUUCCAGCUGUGGAAAUGGAAUGACAUUUCCUGUUAAAUACAAGCUAUUUAAUCAGUAAUUCUUAUGUGCUUUUUCUGGUGAGAUUUCAGUGGUUCAUCCUCUCGUUUUGUAUAAAAUCAGCUGACAUUAGUAAGGUCAGGGAGUUUUGCCAGUGGAAGUAAAAUGUAAUACUUUAUUUUGCUGUCAAAA